AACACACGCCACGCUGGCACGGCUCCACUAAUCGCACAGUCCACGCUGGCACUCAGCACGUAUCAUUUUAUAGUGCCGCCACAAGCGCUGCACAAGUGCUCGGUACUGCACGUCUGCUGCACAAGCGCUACUAGUCAUGCAGGCCUGCCUCGCAGCAGCACUCCUCGCCACGGCCACGACGGCCCUAGCACCAGCACCGGUACCACCGCACGCCGCCGCCCCGGCCCGCUCGCCGCAAGGUUUAGAAAACAAAUACUGGGCCUGGCGCGGCCAGGCCAUCCGCUACCAGGUGACGGAGCCCACCACGCCGACGGGGCAAAAAGCUCUCCUCGUGCACGGAUUGUUUGUCAAUGCCGACCACUGGCGCAAGACGCUGCAAGCGUUGAGUGAGGCGGGCGUGACGGCCUACGCGAUCGAUCUGUUGGGCUGCGGCUGGUCGAGCAAGCCGCAUCCGACGUCGGAUGAAGCUAAGGCGCUGUCGGGCGAGAAGGGUAGAGACGAACUCGAAGAUGUUGACACGUUCCAGGGCGUGGAGCUGGGCACGGCGUCCGGCAAACUGCGGACGGUGUCCUUCGUCGACAAGCGCCAUCCUGUUGAUGGUAGUUGUUAUAAUUUCUACACGUGGGCCGAGCAGCUCUGCGAUUUCACGGACGAAGUUAUUGGGGGCGACUGCGCCUUGAUCUGCAACAGCAUCGGCACGAUCUCAUCCCUACAAGCUUGUUUAGAUAAGCCGGAAUUGUUCACCGGUCUAUUAACCGUGUCGCCGAACUUCCGCGAGCUCCACACGGCCGAGGCGUCGCCGUUGGCGAUGCCUCUGGUAAAAACUGUGCAGCGCUUAUUGAGGGAGCGGGGCCAGGGUUUGUUCGACGCGCUCGCGAACGCGAACACGGUGAAGAAUAUACUGAAGGAGCCCUACGCUGUGAAGGACGCGGUGACGGACGAGCUCGUCGACGUAUUGUUAACACCAUUACUCACGGUGGGCGCCGCGGACGUGGUGUUCGACACGCUCUCGUACUCGGCGGGGCCGCUGCCGGAAGACCAGCUCGGGCGCCUCCCCGGUGGUUUGCCCGUCUGGGUCUGCUACGGCGGGAGCGACCCCUGGACGCCGCCGAAGCGCGUCGACGCGCUGCGGCGGUUCGACGCGGUCGAGGAGGUCCGCGCGUUUUCAGAGGUGGGCCACUGCCCGCACGACGAGGCGCCCGAGCGCGUGAACCCGUUCGUGCUCGAGUUCCUCGCGCGGUUGCGGGAGUAA